AAAGCAGGGACUGCGAGCCCCGCAGAUGCGGCAGCGCGGAGGGCGGCUGGGGAGACGUUACUCCAACUGUUGAAUUUUCACCUUUCAUUUCCACCGAUGCUUUGCUUGCGGAGAUGGAUAUAUUUGCUUUGAAAUCCGUACGUCUUUCGCAGGCUGUGAGCUGAUCGUGACAGGCACCAGAUUGAAAGAGACCACCCGUGACAAAAAAGGAGGAAACCCCCCCAAAAAACAAAAAAAAACAAAAACCUCCACAACGGACUGCACAAUUAACUACGCACACCGGUGCUGGACUUUGUUAAUAGAGAACAUUGAGAGGAAAAUCGUGAAAUAUGAUGCGGGGCUAAGCUGUGAACAGUCACUGUAAUCCAGAUUUUUCUUUUUUUUCUUUUUUCCCCCAAGACUCUGAAAGAUUUGGGGGUUCCUUACGCCUAACAAAAAAGGGAAGGGUUUUUUUUUUUUUUUGUCGUUGUUUUGUUUUGGUUUUGGUUUUGGUUUUGGUUUUUAAAUAAAUACACCUUGCAAGACAGACGCCUUGCUAUCCAGAGCCUCGGACUCCGGCAGAAAGAGAUCUGCACAUCCAACCAUGAGUUGCCUGUUGAUUUCCUUUCGCCUGGGAAGAAAAGCAAACUGGAAUUAAACUGCAUCGAGAGAAGUCCUUGCUCGUGGGGAGAGAAUGGGAUGGUAGCGGCGGCUACUGGCUCAGCGCAGAGAAAUCACAGAGUGUGUUCUACCAACAGAGGCGGAGAUACAUCUAUACAUUUUUUCCCCUCCCAGUAGACUCAAACCGCAAAUGCUGAUCAGGCUGUGGCUUUCUUGACUUGGGGGAGAGCCUUUUCCGAGGAAGAGAGGGAGGAGCCUCGUGGAGGGAGGAAACUACAAAUCGGGACACUAGUUCUUUGCGCUGCAUUUCCUCCCCUCCCUUUGGCUGCUCGGAAAGGAGAGAGAGAGAGAGAGGAAAAAAUAUAUAUAUCCUUGGCUGGGAGAUGCAGCCUGCCGCCACCGCUGUCUCAGCCAGCAAUGCAAGAUUAGAUCUCUAAAUGCAGCGAAACACCGCCUGAAAACAGACCAACUCGCGAAGCAAGCAGACAAUUCACAGGGCUCCGGCUAUUUUGAAGCUUCAAAAUAUAUCUGACUCUCUCUUCGUUGUUCCUCAUUCCCAACAAUUUCAUCACAGGAGAGGAGAAACAAGUAAGGAUUUCACUUUCUGAUCUGCCUAGAGACACACCUCCCCGCUCCCUCUCCCACCCGAUGUGAAGAGUAUUCCGGAGGCAAAAAGCUGGAGUGGAUUUGCAGCGCCCUAGCGGGAGCGAAGAAAACCUACGGAUUCUUUAGCUCAUUAUCAUCCUUCCCAAACUCGAUUUCCUUUUUAUCCCUGGUCUCAUCGCUCAAGUUUCAGUCGCCCGAAGUCCGGGCGGGAGAGACAAAGCUCCGGGCUCGCCCCCAGCUGCAGGGAGCCGCCGCCUUGCUCAGUGCCCCUGCAGCUCUGCUGCACCGCUGCUUCUCGCCCAGUGCGGAUGCUGUAGAUCAACAGGUUCAGGGAACUUGAGGGGAAUAAGGAGAGACCGCCGGGUGCCGCAGCCCGGGAGCGGAAGGAAGGAAGGAUCCAUAGACUUGUGGCUUGCGUCGGGGGCGCACGCUGCGCCUGGGCCCCAAGCUGGCGCGCGCCCAUCCACUCGCCCCUCCAGUCCGGCUGCUCCUGCCAACACCCCACCGGUCUGGGAUGUACCUUUCCAUCUGUUGCUGUUUCCUCCUAUGGGCCCCUGCCCUGACGCUCAAAAACCUGAACUACUCCGUGCCGGAGGAGCAAGGGGCCGGCACGGUGAUCGGCAACAUCGGCAAGGAUGCUCGACUGCAGCCAGGGCUUCCGCCCGCCGAGCGAGGCGGCGGUGGCGGCGGGCGAAGCAAGUCGGGUAGCUACCGGGUGUUGGAGAACUCGGCGCCGCACCUGCUGGACGUGGAAGCCGACAGCGGACUCCUCUACACGAAGCAGCGCAUCGACCGCGAGUCCCUGUGCCGCCACAACGCCAAGUGCCAGCUGUCCCUCGAGGUGUUUGCCAACGACAAGGAGAUCUGCAUGAUCAAGGUAGAGAUCCAGGACAUCAACGACAAUGCUCCCUCCUUCCCGUCGGACCAGAUUGAGAUGGACAUCUCAGAGAACGCGGCCCCCGGCACCCGCUUCCCCCUCACCAGUGCGCAUGACCCCGACGCGGGCGAGAACGGGCUCCGCACCUAUCUGCUUACGCGCGACGACCACGGCCUCUUCGCGCUGGACGUCAAGUCCCGCGGCGACGGCACCAAGUUUCCAGAGCUGGUUAUCCAGAAGGCACUGGAUCGCGAGCAGCAGAACCACCACACGCUCGUGCUGACCGCUCUGGAUGGCGGCGAGCCGCCGCGCUCGGCCACCGUGCAAAUCAACGUGAAGGUGAUUGACUCUAACGACAACAGCCCCGUCUUUGAGGCGCCCUCCUACCUGGUGGAGUUGCCCGAGAACGCCCCGCUGGGCACCGUGGUCAUUGAUCUGAAUGCCACCGACGCCGACGAGGGUCCCAACGGCGAAGUGCUCUACUCUUUCAGCAGCUAUGUGCCCGACCGCGUGCGGGAGCUCUUCUCCAUCGACCCCAAGACCGGCCUGAUUCGUGUCAAAGGAAACCUAGACUAUGAGGAGAAUGGGAUGCUGGAGAUCGACGUGCAGGCUCGAGACCUGGGUCCCAACCCCAUCCCGGCCCACUGCAAGGUCACUGUCAAGCUCAUCGACCGCAACGACAACGCUCCGUCCAUUGGUUUUGUCUCCGUGCGCCAGGGGGCGCUGAGCGAGGCCGCUCCGCCCGGCACCGUCAUCGCUCUGGUGCGGGUCACUGACCGAGACUCGGGCAAGAACGGGCAGCUGCAGUGCAGGGUCCUGGGCGGAGGAGGGGCGGGCGGCGGCGGCGGCCUGGGCGGGCCGGGAGGUUCCGUGCCCUUCAAACUUGAGGAGAACUACGACAAUUUCUACACGGUGGUGACUGACCGCCCGUUGGACCGCGAGACACAGGACGAGUACAACGUGACAAUCGUGGCACGGGACGGGGGCUCGCCUCCACUCAACUCCACCAAGUCUUUCGCAGUCAAGAUUCUGGACGAGAAUGACAACCCGCCUCGCUUCACCAAGGGACUCUAUGUGCUGCAGGUGCACGAGAACAACAUCCCAGGAGAGUACCUGGGCUCGGUGCUUGCCCAGGACCCUGACCUGGGCCAAAACGGCACCGUGUCCUACUCCAUCCUGCCCUCGCACAUCGGCGACGUGUCCAUCUACACCUAUGUGUCUGUGAACCCCACCAACGGGGCCAUCUACGCCCUGCGCUCCUUUAACUACGAGCAGACCAAGGCUUUUGAGUUCAAGGUGCUUGCUAAGGACUCCGGGGCGCCCGCGCACUUGGAGAGCAACGCCACUGUGAGGGUGACAGUGCUAGACGUGAAUGACAACGCUCCGGUGAUCGUGCUGCCAACGCUGCAGAACGACACGGCUGAACUGCAGGUGCCGCGCAACGCCGGGCUAGGCUACCUGGUGAGCACCGUACGCGCCCUUGACAGCGACUUCGGCGAGAGCGGGCGCCUCACCUACGAGAUCGUAGACGGUAAUGACGACCACCUGUUUGAAAUCGAUCCAUCCAGCGGCGAGAUCCGCACGCUGCACCCUUUCUGGGAGGACGUGACGCCGGUGGUGGAGCUGGUAGUGAAGGUGACUGACCACGGCAAGCCCACUCUGUCGGCGGUGGCCAAGCUCAUCAUCCGCUCGGUGAGCGGCUCUUUGCCCGAGGGGGUUCCCCGGGUGAACGGGGAACAGCGCCACUGGGACAUGUCGCUGCCGCUCAUAGUGACUCUGAGCACUAUCUCCAUCAUCCUCCUAGCGGCCAUGAUCACCAUCGCCGUCAAGUGCAAGCGCGAGAACAAGGAGAUCCGCACUUACAACUGCCGCAUCGCAGAGUACAGCCACCCGCAGCUGGGCGGGGGCAAGGGCAAGAAAAAGAAGAUCAACAAAAAUGAUAUCAUGCUGGUACAGAGCGAGGUGGAAGAGAGGAACGCCAUGAACGUCAUGAACGUGGUGAGCAGCCCCUCCCUGGCUACCUCCCCCAUGUACUUCGACUACCAGACCCGCCUGCCCCUCAGCUCGCCCCGGUCGGAGGUGAUGUAUCUCAAACCGUCCUCCAACAACCUGACUGUCCCUCAGGGGCACGCGGGCUGCCACACCAGCUUCACCGGACAAGGGACUAAUGCGAGCGAGACCCCGGCCACUCGGAUGUCCAUAAUUCAGACAGACAAUUUUCCCGCAGAGCCCAAUUACAUGGGCAGCAGGCAGCAGUUUGUUCAAAGUAGCUCCACGUUUAAGGACCCAGAAAGAGCCAGCCUGAGAGACAGUGGGCACGGGGACAGUGAUCAGGCUGACAGUGACCAAGACACUAACAAAGGCUCCUGCUGUGACAUGUCUGUUAGGGAGGCACUCAAGAUGAAAACUACUUCAACUAAAAGCCAGCCACUUGAACAAGAACCGGAAGAGUGUGUUAAUUGCACAGAUGAAUGCCGAGUGCUUGGUCAUUCUGACAGGUGUUGGAUGCCACAGUUCCCUGCAACCAAUCAGGCUGAAAAUGCAGAUUACCGCACAAAUCUCUUUGUACCCACAGUUGAAGCUAAUGUUGAGACUGAGACUUAUGAAACUGUGAAUCCCACUGGGAAAAAGACUUUUUGUACAUUUGGAAAAGACAAGCGAGAGCACACGAUUCUCAUCGCCAAUGUGAAACCUUAUUUAAAAGCCAAACGUGCCCUGAGCCCUCUCCUCCAAGAGGUCCCCUCAGCAUCAAGCAGCCCAACCAAGGCAUGCAUCGAGCCUUGCACCUCAACGAAAGGCUCCCUGGAUGGUUGCGAAGCAAAGCCAGGAGCUCUGGCCGAGGCGAGCAACCAGUACUUGCCCACUGACAGUCAGUAUCUGUCCCCCAGCAAGCAACCGAGAGACCCUCCCUUCCUGGCUUCUGAGCAGAUGGCAAGGGUCUUCGCAGAUGUGCAUUCGAGAGCCAGCCGGGAUUCCAGUGAGAUGGGCGCUGUCCUGGAGCAGCUUGACCACUCCAACAGGGAUCUGGCCAGAGAGCCGGUGGAUGCAGAGGAAGUCGUGAGAGAAAUCGACAAGCUUCUGCAGGACUGCCGGGGAAAUGACCCUGUGGCUGUGAGAAAGUGAAAAAAAAAAAAAGCAUUGGCAUUUUCUUGUCUCUUCUGUUGAUUUAAAAAUGACUCCUCCUGGUGAAAACCCCAUUUUACAGGGAUAAAGAAAGACCGAUGCUGCUUUAAGGCUUUUAGUGAACAUCUGAAGUGCCCACAAAUAUGUUCUUUACACUGCUGUUUCUUUUUCAGAAAUAACAAUGGCUUUGUUUUGACCAAACUUAUAUUAGGACAGAAUUAACGAUGUUCAAAGAGGAAAGAAAAACAGAGAAGAAAAAGGAGAGAAGAAAAAGGAGGAUGAGGAGGCGAGUUACCUUGUGACAAUCUGUAAGGAAGGUAUGCAGUGUGAGAAUGGAAGCU